AUGUUUGACUUUCUUAUAACAUUGUUUUUCAGCUUUCUUUUUCUUAUGUUGUGCAAUCUUUCUAUUUGCAUUUCUCACAAUGAGUAUACCUUCUACUUGAACCUGCUGAUGUGUAUUUUUGAUGCUACAGUGUUUGACUGCAAGGUAGUAACCCUUAAUUUCACACUCUUUUAUAGCAUUGAGUUUCAUCUCUCCUCAAUUAUCUUUGGAGAGAAUAAUUAUGAAGAGGCAAUAAUUGAGCAGCUUGAUUGA